GACAGCUUCGUGGUCAUGGAAGCACUGAAACAUGACCCCGAGUCGCUGGAGUUCGCUGACGAGGAGCUGAAACACAACCUCGAAGUGAUCAUGCCGGCCCUCCGUCGUGACGGGGCAGUUCUGCGAUUUCUUCCUUACGAGUUCCGGGACAGUCCCGAUGUUGCGAUGGAUGCUGUCCAGACCUUUGGCCUUGCGAUUUCCUUCGCCACCGAGCAGGUGCGAGCAGAUGGCGAGGUCGUCAUGGCCGCCGUGCGCAAGGAUGGGAUGGCCCUGGCCUAUGCAUCCCACGACCUCCAGGAUGACGAAUCCAUUGUGGAGGCCGCUACCGAAGAGAAUCCUAGAGCCUUGCAGUUCGCUUCUGACCGUUGGCGCCGGGACAAGGAGCUACUGCAGCGCAUCCUUGGGAUUGACGGCCUCGCGCUGGAGUUUGUGACCGGAGGCUUGGCCGAUGACUUCGAAGUAUGCAUGGAGGCUGUGAGCGAGAAGGGCGCAGCGCUGAUCCAUUGCUCGGCUGCGAUGAGAGACAACGAGGACAUUGUCCGAACUGCACUGGCCAGCGAUGGCAUGCAACUUUUGAAUGUCUCCAGUCGGCUGCGAGAGGAUCGCGAAUUGGUUAAGCUUGCGGUGAGCUCCGCGCCACAUGCUCUACCGCAUGCGCUAGCCGAGCAGCUUCAAGACAAGGAGAUCGUGCACAAAGCCGUGGAAGGUGAUGGCAAGGUGCUGGUGUUUGUCCCUGUCGAGCUCCGGGACGAUGAGUACAUUGUCCAGGCAGCUGUGGCACAGGAUGGCUUGGCACUUGAAUAUGCCAGCGCCAGGCUCCGUGGCAAGUGCGAAGUCGUUCUCGCUGCCCUUGGGCAGAACCCCGAGGCUCUGACACAUGUACUUCCGGCUACGAGGGACGAUACGAAGCUGAUCGACUUUGGGUGUUCCCGGCACCCUGAUCUCGUAGCGAUGCUGGAAGGCAGGUUCCGACCAAUGGCCUUGAAGCUGGCGCUCGCGCGUUUGCGUAUGUUUGUAGAGCCAGUUCUCAAAGAGAUGCAGGUUCUGUGGGAUCAUGCGCGGCCGAUCUUCCGCAAGGUCAACUCUUUGCGCGACCUCCAGCUGGCCAUCGAUGACCCUAAGGCAUUCUUAGCGUCGCUGCGCGGGCGCAACGAUGCGUUGGGUACGGAGUGGCAGAUCGCUGAGCUUCGGCCUACAAUGGAGCCCCAGACGUCGGAACGAGGUCUCUUCUGGGAUGACAUGGUGGCCGUGCUCAAGACGUGCAGCCGAAAGGAGAUGCAUACCGCUCAAGAGGAUGGCCGUCGCUUCUUGGACGUUCUCCAGGAGAAGAUACGUGGCGAAUCUGCGCGGAUGCUGGCUGUGGCGCGGCUCCGUGUUCCGCUCCUGCGUGUGUUGCCCAAAGGGAUGGAGUGGCAGGAUGUCCUGCCAGCCCUCUUGCAGAUCGACAGCGUCAAAGAGCUGCAGAACGCACGCGAGGCACCUGACCUCUUACUGUGGAAACUGGCCAAAGCACAGGACUGGCCCCCCUCGGGCAUCUAUCGCUUUGCGGCGCUCAGGCCCAAACUGGAGCCGAAACUGGAAGAAGGCAUCCUCUGGAGUGACUUCGUCAAGGCGUUGCAGGUGCUGAAUCCCGAGGAGCUCGCGCAAGCAGCCUUGAGUGUGCCUCGCUUCGUGCAGCUUUUGGAGAUCUACCCGAUGGAUCCGCCUGGAAGGUGGUGGUUCAUAGCCAGAGUGCGACGGCUUAUCGAGCAGGCGUUGGACGACCAAGGCAACCCUUGGGACGAGGCACUGGAGUCGAUGAAAGAGAUGGAUCCUGCGUUUGACUUGCAGCCAGCCAUCCACCAUCCCCAAAAGAUCGUGGAGCGCUUGGCGCCUGGGCCGAAACACCUGGAGUUCCAGCCUCUAGAGGAGGAGACUGCCGACGAUGAGAAACUUGUGAAGGGCGGCAAGCCGUUGAUGUUCGGCUUUCGUGAGCGGGGCCUCGGGGAAGGGACCGAGGCGACAGACGCGGAGGCUUGA